AUGAUAUAUAUCGUGUAACGUAAUUUACAGGGCAUUUAAUAAGAACAUACAACCUACAAUUACCUACAACAGUUGUAUAGUAACUACUAGUCGGUUAAUCAUUAUCAUGUCUGGAAGUUCAUAUAAUUUUCUCAUUUGUGUUUUGUGCUUUCUAUUAUCAUUACGAACAGCACAAACUCUACGUGUCUUAGCCGUUGCUCCCUUGCCAGCUAAAAGUCACUGGUAUUUUAUGACAGCUGUGCUCCGUUCGUUGACCGACGAGGGACACAAUGUAACAGUAUUCACACCAUUUUUAAACGGGAACAAUGAAAACUACACCGAAAUCGAUACGGCGGGCAAUCGGGAAUGGUCGCAAGUGGAUAUGGAUCUCGCUAAACGGGUUAAAGAUUUUGGUAGUAUACGAAAUGGAGCGAUGAACGGCGGAAAAAUGAACAAACAAUUGUGUGACGAAUUUUACUCGCACACCAGGUUAAAAGAUAUUAUUAAUGACGCCUCAUCGUCCACGAACUCUGACCAAUUUGACAUAAUCAUCUCCGAAAAUACAGGUUCAGAUUGUUUUUCGGGCAUAGCGAGAAUUUUGAAUUUACCUUUGAUAUACAUUUAUCCAUGGUCCUCUUUGUUCUAUGAGUCUCCAGUCGUGGGAGAAGAACCCAACCCUGCGUACGUGACGACUUUAUAUUCACCCUAUAGCACGCCCAAAGGCUUCACUGAACGAUUUCAAAACGCUGCAAUCGCCCUCCAAAGCAUAUUUUUCUUUUGGUUGGCGGAGACUACAAUUGUUAAGAAUUCGGCAACGAUCGAACCGGUCAUGCCAUCCGCUAUAUUUAUCAACAGUGAUUUAUCAAUUGAACCAGCCAGACCAAUAAUGCCAAACGUCAUAAAUAUCGGUGGUAUACAUCUGAACGAGCCAAAAGCAAUACCGAAAGAUAUACUAAAAUUCAUUGAAAAUUCUCCGGCUGGUGUAAUUUACUUUUCGUUUGGAUCGACAAUAUCCAUGUCAAAACUACCGGAGCACAUACAAAAAUCAUUUAAACGAGCCCUUGGACAACUACCCCAGAGAAUACUGUGGAAAUUUGAAAAUCAAAUGGAAGACAAACCGGACAAUGUUAUGGCGAAAAAAUGGUUUCCACAACGUGACAUACUCGCACAUCCAAAUAUAAAGCUUUUUAUUGGGCAUGGAGGAAUUUCGGGAGUAUAUGAGGCUAUUGACUUUGGAGUACCAAUGCUUGGGUUUCCUAUGCUUUCCGACCAACCAAGGAACCUGGCCAAUCUCGAAGCCGUCGGAAUGGCUACUUCAUUAGACUUGAUGAGUGUCACUGAAAUUCAAAUUUUGAAGUCUGUGCAUGAACUCAUUAAUAAUACAAAAUAUUCGUGCAACGCCAAAAAAGUUUCGAAGAUAUUUAGGGACCGCCCGAUAUCAUUAAAAAAAUCAGUUGUGUAUUGGACAGAAUACGUAGUUCGUCACAAUGGAUCGCCUCAUUUGAAGUCUAAAGCCUUUGACUUAACCUGGUAUGAAAUAUUAUUGUUGGAUGUUUUACUUGCAUGCUUGACAAUUUUGUUAUUUGUCACUUAUUUGUGUUAUAAGUUUUUUACUUUUAUUUAUAUGCAAACAAGGAAAUAUGGUUUUUAUUUGGGUUAUUCCAAUGUGUAACAUAAAGUUAAAUUAUAUAUCAGUCAAUUAUACAAUUAAAAAAAUUAUUAAAAUUAUUCUAUGAGUACUAUUUAUCUAUUAGUUUUUAUUAUAUUGAUU